UCCAGAGGAAAUGGAUGUAGAAGCUCGGCUUACUGAAUUAUGUGAAGAAGUUAAGAAAAUAGAAAAUCCUGAUGAACUGGCAGAACUUAUAAAUAUGAAUCUUGCACAACUUUGCUCACUUCUGAUGGCUUUAUGGGGACAAUUUCUGGAAGUUAUAACACUACAUGAAGAACUAAGAAUACUAUUAGCACAAGAGCAUCAUACUUUGAGGGUACGCAGAUUUUCUGAGGCAUUCUUUUGUUUUGAACAUCCAAGAGAAGCUGCCAUUGCAUACCAGGAACUUCAUGCUCAGAGUCAUCUACAGAUGUGCACCGCUAUCAAAAAUACUUCCUUCUGCAGUUCUCUUCCACCCCUACCUAUUGAAUGUAGUGAAUUAGAUGGAGAUCUCAAUUCAUUACCUAUAAUCUUUGAAGAUAGGUAUUUAGAUUCAGUUAUUGACGGUAAACUUGAUAUCUCCCAGGACGAUAGUGAAAUUACACAAAUGGAACACAAUCUGGCAUCCAGUUCAUCAGAUGAUUGCCAUGAUCAUCAAACAACCCCAGCUUUGGAAUUUAGAACAACUGAAGUAAAGCCCAGUAAUACAGAUCCUUUCAGUGGGGAGAAAAUAACUGUUAAAAUGGGACCUUGGACAGAGCUUCGACAAGAUGAAAUAUUUGUGGAUAAUUUACUACCCAACUUUGAGUCCUUAGAAUCUAAUGGUAAAUCUAAAUCUAUAGAAGUAACACUUGAAAAGGAAGCUUUACAAGAAGCAAAGUGUCGUUCUGUUGGAGAAUCAUUAGCUAAAUUAAGAAGUAAUCUACCUGCUACUUCUACAAAAGAAUAUCAUGUUGUAGUAAGUGGAGAUACAAUUAAGUUACCAGAUAGUAAUGCCACAUAUGCCUCAUCUAGAUUUUCAGAUUCAGGUGUUGAAAGUGAACCAAGUUCUUUUGCAACACAUCCAAACCCUGACAUAGUCUUUGAAACUGUGCAAGGGCAAGGUCUUUACAAUAAUGAAAGAUUAUUUCCUCAGCUUUUGAUGAAACCUGAUUAUAAUGUAAAAUUUUCAUUGGGGAGUCAUUGCACUGAGAGUACGAGUGCUUUAAGUGAAAUACAGUCAUCUUUGACAUCCAUAAACUCUCUACCUUCUGAUGAUGAACUGUCACCCGAUGAAAAUUCUAAGAAAUCUAUUCUACCUGAAUGCCAUCUAAGCGAUAGCAAAACUGCAUUAAAUCUAGGAACAAUUGAUUUGCCAAAAUGUGAUGAUACUAAAAAGUCAAGUAUUAUUUUGCAACAGCAGAGCGUUGUAUUUUCAGGGCAUUUGGACAAUGAGACUUUAGCAAUACAUUCCUUAAAUUCAAGCACUAAAGACUCUUUACAAUUUGUUUUUUCAGAGGAAGAUACUUCCAGUGAUGUGAAAAGUAGUUGCAGCUCCAAACCUAACUUGGACACUGUGUGUACAGGCUCCCAGAGUCCUGAUAAAUCUCAUAACUCUGCAGGGACAGCAGUUACAUUAAAUUCAAAACUGAUUUGUUUAGGCACUUCCUGUGUCGUUUCAGGUUCCAUUUCUACUAAUACAGAAAUUAGUGAAGAUAGAACUGUGAAAAGAAAAAAUAGUGAUGCAUUAAAUCUCAAGCAAAUAUAUUCAGAAGCCCCUACAGUUGAAAGUGAAACUCAUCUGGAUACAAGUGACCCUUUUUCAGCCGGUACUGAUAUAGUAAAGCAAGGGCUUGUGGAAAAUUAUUUUGGUUCUCAAAGCAGUACGGAUAUUUCUGGCACAUAUGCUAGUAGCUACAGUAAUUCAGUUAGCCUUCAGAAGGAAACUUCUGAAAAAGAAAUUAGUAAUCUUCAGCAGGAACAGGGUAAAGAGGAUGAGGAGGAAGAGCAGGAUCAAAAAAUGGUUCAAAAUGGGUAUUAUGAAGAAACAGUUUAUUCAGCUUUGGACGGAACAAUAAAUGCUCACUAUACAAGCAGAAGUACACUAGCAGAAGAAAGACUUAAAAAAUCUGAAAAAAUAAAUAGUGACUAUCUGAGUGAUGGUAUAAAUAUGCCUACUGUCUGUACUUCUAGUUGUUUGUCUUUCCCAUCUGCACCACGAGAGUCUCCUUGUAGUGUUAAAUAUUCUUCUAAAAGUAAAUUUGAUGCCAUUACAAAACAACCAAGCAGUACUUCUUACAACGUCACUUCUUCAAUUUCCUGGUAUGAAAAUUCACCAAAACCUCAGAUACAAGCCUUCCUUCAGGCAAAAGAAGAAUUGAAGCAACUUAAACUUCCUGGGUUCAUGUACAGUGAUGUUCCUCUGCUGGCAUCCUCAGUACCUUAUUUUAGCCUGGAAGAAGAGGAUGGUUCUGAAGAUGGAGUACAUCUCAUUGUCUGUGUGCAUGGUUUAGAUGGUAACAGUGCAGAUCUCCGAUUAGUAAAAACUUAUAUUGAACUUGGACUGCCUGGGGGAAGAAUUGAUUUUCUUAUGUCUGAGAGAAAUCAGAAUGAUACUUUUGCUGAUUUCGAUAGCAUGACUGAUCGUCUUUUGGAUGAGAUAAUACAAUAUAUUCAAAUAUAUAGUUUAACAGUUUCAAAAAUAAGCUUUAUUGGACAUUCAUUGGGCAAUUUAAUAAUCCGUUCAGUGCUUACAAGGCCAAGGUUUAAAUGUUACCUCAACAAGCUUCAUACCUUUCUAUCUCUUUCUGGACCUCACCUUGGUACACUCUACAACAGCAGUGCUCUUGUUAAUACAGGUCUCUGGUUUAUGCAGAAAUGGAAAAAAUCAGGUUCACUUUUGCAACUGACAUGUCGAGAUCACUCAGACCCUCGCCAGACUUUUUUAUAUAAGCUUAGUAAUAAAGCAGGGCUUCAUUAUUUCAAAAAUGUUGUGCUGGUGGGAUCUCUACAGGAUCGCUAUGUUCCUUAUCACUCUGCCCGCAUUGAAAUGUGUAAAACAGCUUUAAAGGACAAACAGUCAGGACAGAUCUAUUCAGAGAUGAUCCACAAUUUGCUUCGCCCAGUUCUGCAAAACAAGGACUGUAAUUUGAUUCGAUACAAUGUCAUCAAUGCAUUGCCCAAUACAGCCGAUUCACUCAUUGGGAGAGCUGCACAUAUAGCUGUUCUUGAUUCAGAAAUAUUUUUAGAGAAAUUCUUUCUGGUUGCUGCCCUCAAGUAUUUCCAAUAGGAUGAAAGCAUUCUUAGAGACUGGAAAAUUACCUCAUUCAACAAUGAUUCAAAUAAUGUAUUAUAUUAAAAUGUAGAUGCUGAUAAGUUCUAAGAAAUAUUUAUACCUUUUAUAUGGAAGAUGAUUUAUAUCAUCCAUAUUUAGAGCUUUUUAAACAUCAACUUUACUUUCUAGGUAAUGUGGCUGUGCAAUAUUUUUUUAAUUUUAUCUUUUUACUUUUCUAUUACUUUUUCAUAUAUUUUGCUACCUAAUUAUUUCAGUGAAACUUUAAGCCCAUAUGUAUGUCUGAUUGGUUAUUAUUGGCUUUCCACAAUCUUUACAUCAGACUACAUUAUAUUAAAGGCCGUUAUUGCUAGAAUAGCAUGGGAUUUUAAAUUUUCUAGUAUUGGGGUAUUAUUUAGUUAAUUAUAAAUUUUACUUUUAACAUUUUACUGUGUUUUAACUGGAAAUAAAAUUAUGGCUGCUACAAUAUAUUUUUUGAAAUCAACUUCUUUAGACCUGAAAUAUACCUUUAUCAUAUUAUCAAACCAGGCAGUUCAUAUAUGACAAUGUUAUAAAAGUUUUCUAUAAAAUCAUUACUGUUGCUAUUAAACAUGUCAUGCCUAUUAAAAUAUAUUUUCUACUGGUGAUUUCAACAUUAUUUCUCAUAUUGACUUUUAUUACUGGAAAUUUUCAUGUUCAUGUUAGCAGCAUAUAAAGAUUUUUGAAUGUUUGAAUGCCCUCUGCCUUGAUUUGGUUGGAAUCUUGCUAAAUUGGUAAUGUUGCUUGAACUUUGUGACUACAUUUCUUUAACUUUUUUCAUGGACUUCCUUAUAUGUACAUAAUAAUUAAAUGUUAAAAUUUAUGAAAUACUUUUAUGAAUCUAAAUAAUUUUUAAAUAUUGUUAAAAUUUUUUGAACUAAAAAGUAAUGUAAAUAAAAUAAUUCAUAUUUAAAAUGCAACAAAAUAAUUAAAUUUACAUGUCUAAUGAUACAGAUGCAAAUGUUUUUGAUAUAUGGAGAUGUUGAGUGUUUUGACUUUACUAAAAAGGUGCUGAAUAGCAUUAAAUUCACUAUUUUCCUUUUCUGUUUACUUGUGAAAAUAAUGCACUAAGGGUGGAUAGAAGUUCUGUUUGCAUUCACCAAUUUUGAUGGACACAGGUUUUUUGUAAGUAUGUGUAUAAUUGAUGCAUGUUUAUUUUUAGCGUUGUAUUAUUGCCCCUGGUGUUAAUAAAUGAACAAACGACUAUCUGGAGGAAGAGCUAAAA